UCAAAAUUAAACUGUUGGAGCUAUUCUAUUUCUAUUAACACUGAAGGCGAAUUAGUGUAGGCCUAUGCGGAUAUAAAGUCAAAGAUAUGAGUUAAUAUCUAGAAAAAAAUCAGUGCUCGAGCACCAUGUUUGUGGUUGCUAUGGAUACAAGAAGCAGGAUCAAUCCUCAUCUUGGUGGGGCUACACCAAUGAGUCCAGAGAGUGCCAUGGCCUCAGAUGUUUUUGACCAGUUUCUGUCAGCGGGUACUUUCAAAGCUACAUUGUCGACAUAUCGUUACCUGUGUGAAGUGCUUCGAAUCAAGCCAACAAAUUACUCAACAUUCUACCCAAAGUUAAAGGCCAAGUUGCGUUCUUGGAAGGCAGCAUCUUUGUGGUCAAAGCUAGACAAAAGAGCUAGUCAUAAGUGUUAUAAUCGAGGAAAGGCAUGUCCAAAUACUAGGGUACUAAUCAUUGGGGCAGGACCCUGUGGUUUGAGGACAGCCAUUGAAGCACAACUUCUCGGAGCUAAAGUAGUAGUAGUUGAGAAAAGAGAUCGCUUUUCUCGUAACAAUGUGCUUCAUCUGUGGCCAAUAGUGAUUCAUGAUCUCCGCAACCUUGGAGCCAAAAAGUUGUUUGGGAAAUUCUGUGCAGGAUCCAUAGAUCACAUAAGUGAGAGGCAGCUACAGCUUAUCCUGCUCAAAGUGGCCCUGUUGCUUGGUGUAGAAGUUCAUGAAAAUGUUACCUUUAAAUCUCUUAUUGAACCUCCUGAAAACCUAUCUAGCGAGUUGGGUGGCGGGCUCAAGUGCUACCUCCUGACCACCCUGUUUCACAAUAUGAGUUUGAUGUGCUUGUUGGUGCUGAUGGAAAACGUAACACUCUAA